AUGUCACUCAUACGGCAAGCGCUGGAUAUCGCAUACAAUCCCGAACACACAAAAUGGUUAACGCCGCUGCUUCUCGUCGCCGACGCAGCGCUCUGUGGCGUGAUAAUAGACAAGAUACCCUACACGGAAAUCGACUGGACGACAUACAUGCAGCAUAUAGCCAUCUACCUCAAGGGUGAAAGAGACUACGAGAAGAUUUCAGGCUCAACGGGUCCGCUUGUGUAUCCUGGCGCGCAUGUGUGGAUCUACAAGCAUUUGUACCGGAUUACCGAUGAAGGGCGGAAUAUCCAGCUUGCGCAGUAUAUUUUUGCUCUGGUGUAUCUUGUUACGCUGGGGCUUGUGAUUCAAUGUUAUCGAAAGGCCAAGGUCCCGCCAUAUGUGCUUCCAAUGCUUGUCAUGUCGAAGCGCUUGCAUAGCAUCUUCGUGCUGCGCUGCUUCAAUGAUUGCUUUGCUGUCCUGGGACUGUGGGCGGCGAUCUAUUGUUACCAGAGGAACCAAUGGCAUAUUGGAAGCGUGUUUUACGCUACGGGUCUGAAUGUGAAGAUGAGUCUGCUUUUGCCGUUGCCUGCGAUCGGCAUCUUGAUGGUGCAGAAGGUGGGCGGGAGAGAGGCGCUCACGCAGGCUAUGAUCAUUGCACAAGUCUCGGUUCUAUAUGGGUAUCCAUUCCGCAAACGAGCGCCAUCUUACUUUUCUCGCGCUUUCGAGCUUAGUAGAGUCUUCCUCUACAAAUGGACUGUAAACUGGCGCUUCAUCCCGGAAUCCACCUUCCUCUCCAAGCCCUUCGCCCUCGGCCUUCUCGCCAUUCAUGUCGGUCUGCUCCUCUGGUAUGCCAAAACGCGCUGGAUCAAACCAUCCAAACGCGAUUUCCGCGGAUUCCUCAAACUAGCAAUUCCGGCAGCGGAGCCUAGGGAUCAAGACGAUAUAGCGCGUAGGAUUACCCCAGAUUUCAUCAUGACGACUAUCCUAAGCGCGACGACUAUUGGUAUGUUGUGCGCUAGGUCGCUACACUAUCAGUUCUUUGCGUAUCUUGCCUGGACAACGCCGUUCCUACUGUGGAAAGCAGGCUUCCAUCCCGUCGUUCAAUAUGCGUUGUGGGGCGCGCAAGAGUGGGCAUGGAAUGUGUAUCCAAGUACAGCUGUCAGCUCGGCGACAGUUGUAGCGGUGUUGGCAGCAACGGCCGCGGGCUCGUGGUGGGGAACGAGGAAUGAGUACGAGGGCGCGAUGAAGGGUAUUAUCGAAGAGGACCAUGAACACAAGGAGUGA